AUGAGCUCAAGUGAAGGACAACAGGAUAGAAAGGUUGCAGUGGUAACAGGUGCAUCAUCUGGUAUAGGAUAUUCUGUGGCAAAAGAGCUUGCAGCCAAUGGAUUUGUAGUUUAUGCCUGUUCGCGAAGAAUGGAACCGAUGGAACCAUUAGUUAAAGAAUUUGGAUCUGAUUUAGUCAGGUUAUAUCAGCUAGAUAUUUCUGAGUAUGCAGAGAUUGUACAAUUGAAGGAAUAUCUAGAGAAAGAGUUGCCUGGCGGGAAAUUAGACGUAUUAUACAACAACGCCGGUCAAGCAUGCUCUUAUCCUGCGCUAGAUGUUACAAAUGAGAUGGUUGAAGACUGUUUCAAGGUCAAUGUGGUUGGUCACAUAAACAUGACUAGCCAAUUGGCAAAGUUUGUGAUAAAUGCAAAAGGAACAAUUGUAUUUACUGGAUCAGUGACUGGUCUGAUCUCAAUUCCAUUUAUCACGAUAUAUUCUGCUACAAAAAGCGCAAUCCAUCAAUAUGCCAGAGGAUUGCAUUUAGAAUUGAAACCUUUUGGCGUUAGAGUCAUCAAUGCUGUGACCGGUGCUGUACAGACUAAUAUCGGUGAUCGUAAGGCAAUUCCAGAAAACUCACUGUAUAAUUCCAAAGAGGGACUUUCUGCAUUUAGAUCCAGAGACCCCAUUAGCAAGAUGAGCUCUGAUUCGUACGCAAAGGAAAUGGUCAAAGACAUUUUGAGUGCACGCAAUCCGGUUGACGUCUACAGAGGCAGAUUCGCAAGAUUAAUUCUCUUUAUGUACACUUUGUUGCCAUUGUGGCUCACCACUAGACUCCUAUACAAGAAAUGUAGAUUGGACAAAUUGGGACAUGCUCUAAAAGAGAGAGACACAUCAAAGACUGAUUGA